AUGGAUCAGGGGUCAACAGGGAUGGCAGCCAUGGCCUACCUGCAAUCACUUGAUGUCCUAGUGCACUGCUCAUUUGACAAGGAUUUGGACAUCUUCAGGAAGUACAUGCCCAAGAUCAUUCAAGACCUUGGUUUUCCAGAGGAUGCCAGUGCUGAGCUGGUAUGGCAGGAAUUCCCACUGCGACUGACCACUUGGAGAAUCAAAGAGUUGGCGGUGAAGCAAUCUCGAUGGUUCAGCUGGCAUGAUGCUGCCAGUGUCCAACUCCCGGAGUUUUGGAGUGCAAGAAUGAUACUCGAAUGGUACUGUGGGGGUGCCAACCCAGAUGCAACUUGUCAACAAUUCAAUAAGAUGAGAGAAGACCUUGGAGGCUUGGAGCUUGCUUUCAAGUGCCUUUCCCAGGAAACCUUUGAAAAUGCACAUGUGAUGUACAUCUGCAGUGAACCAUGCCGGGGGUGGUACUCUUGGCACAUAGAACAUGUGAAGACUGCCCAGGACAACCUGAGGUAUCAGCUUCACUUGUCAAGGUCCAUCACUUGGCAAUCUGAGUGGCACUUGCGAGAGCUGGCCGAGUUAUUGAGCCCUCGUGGCUGGUCCAAGUUCAACAAGCUGAUGAUUUCUGUUUUGAACCCGGAUGGAGUGGCCAAGAAAAUCUUCUCCUUUGUCACACAGCUUCUGGGUCGUCGAUGUGCCUCUCUGUCCAGGCACUCAAGCCCACCAUAUUGCUAUGUAGGUCUACUCGGCAGUGACAUGGCAAGUGCAAGGGCAGCAGGGGACCUCAUGAUAUCGGAUCUCACUGCAUUGCUACAUUUGGAAGUUUCCACGAUGGAUCAAGCGCAAAACUUAGCAGCUGACUUGCGAUUGACACUUGAUGCUUGCUCAAGGUUGGCCAGCAUGCUGCUGUGGGAUGGGCAUCAUGAGAAAUCCAAAGCUCUUUUGAAAGCCUUGCUGGUCACCAUUCCCGACAGCAAAUGCAUUGAAGACUGCCACCAAGUUGUAAGAGUUGCCCAGAAGAACAGGGGGAAUGAAAAGAUGACACUGCCUGCUGUCCAGUACUUGAUUGAAAACUCGAAGGUGCUAUCUCAAAGGGAUUUGCAACAUGGCCCUGAAGUGACCCGAUGA